AUGGAAUAUAAACAAGAGAGUGUUCUUCUCUGGAAUAUAUUUGUUUGUCUUAGUUUUUUCAUUAUAAACACUAAUUGUAUAUCAUCAAAUAAUGAACCGGAGAUAAUUUCAACACAAAAUGAAAUCUUAACUUAUGUUAAUCAUACAGCUAAACUAUCAUGUAUUAUACAAAAUCGAAAUCGACGACAUGUAACAUGGUCUCGUGUUCAUUUUAUGAAUGAAACUCAAAAAUUAACAAAUCUUUUAUAUGUUGAUUCAGUUAAAUAUAUAACAUCAAAUCGUUAUCAUUUAAUACAUUUUAUUGAUAAAGAUAAUCGAGAUCAUUUAAAUCUUGAAAUACAUCAAAUUAUUCUAUUUGAUGAAGGUUAUUAUUCAUGUUUGGUAACUGGAAUUAAACCAAUAUCAAAAAUUUUUCAUCUUAAAGUAAUUGAUAAUAAUCGUAAUUUAUCAGUUGCUUUACGUUCAACAUUAAAUAUGGAACGAGGAAAAAAACAAGAUAUUGUUUCAUCAUUAUCAUUAAUUAAUAUAUCAAUAUCGAACAUUUUUCUAAUGAUUAUUUUAAUAUUUGUGAAUUUUAUUUAA